AUGCCUCCCAAACCAGGCAAUGCCUUUGCUCAGCUGAGAGACAUGGAGCAGCAGACAAGCCAAAGCUCAUUCCAACACAGCCGAGACUUCUCUCAAGACACAACCAGCUCGAGUGGAACUGUGGUAGCCAUUCCUCGCAACCAUCCACAGGAACAAUCAUCAACCGGUGCCGCUGCUAGUGCUCUUGCUCAGGAUAUGCCAGACACACCUCGAACCACCAUGGCUAUAUUCACUGAAGAAACUGCCCCUGAGGAAGGCCAAGAUAUUUCUCAGGAUUACACUACACCGCUUUCCAGAAAGCAUGCUCGGAGGCGGAAGAAGAAUAUUGAAGCGAAGCGAUCAACUGGUGAUUUGGAACAUCCGCUACCUGCUGCACACACAAGCGACAUGCCUGCACCCUUGUUUUCUGAGAAACAGAGUGGUCUAGAUUUCAUCAAGUCGAAGUUUUCCAAAGGCAAGAGAGCAUUCUCGCGGGCAAACCCCACUUCAGUCUCACGACCAGGGAAUGCUUUUGCACCGUUCAACUUUGAACAGAGACCCAGCACUCCACAACAAUCACUACAUUCGGACAAUCAGACCGCUGUAACCGAUCUACACAAUACCGAUCCAGCUGUGGUUUAUGCUACCGCAUCACCUCAGUCCAGUACACCAGCCGCCUCUGUCUUAUCAGCAGGACCUCAGCAAACCACUUUACCUAACAUACGUGUUCCUGCAACUGCAGCACAGGUUCCAACUCUUGCCGCCUCUAUCUUAUCAGCAGGGCCUCAGCGAACAACUUUACCUAACAUACAUAUUCCUGCAACUGCAGCACAGGUUCCAACUCUUGCGGGCAUUCAUAUUCCUGGAACUACAUCACAGAGGUUUACCGCUCGGAAUGUUGAAGUCCCGACACCUACAUCCGAUGUGUCUACUUCUUCCAUGAGGCAUACUCCCACAACCACAUCUCGUCAUUCUGCUUAUUUGAGUGCCCAUGCUCCGACAUUUACACCUCAGCAGCCUACCUUCUCCAAUGUCGAUGCUCCCGCAAUUACAGCUCAGCAGUCUGCAUUCUCUAGCACACCCGCUUCUACAGUCACGUCUGACAUCUAUGUCCCUGCAACUACAUCCCAACAGCCAGCCAGCUUCAACGUUGAUGUCCCUACUACUAGAUCUGGGCAGUCUGUUCAUUCUGAUGCCGACAUCUCUGCAACCUCAAUGCAGCAGUAUGGAUUUCCCAGCGUUCGUGUCGCCCCAAAUAGAGAGCAAUCCUCUGUUCCGGGCACUUCGGAAAAUACAUUUCAGCAUUACAUGCCACAAUCAUCAAUCCCUGAUCGUUAUCGAGUGUCCACUGCAUAUGGUCACCACACCUCAAAUCUUCUCCCUUUCCAACCGCAUGCUGGUAUGAUGCCUUAUUCACGUCUUGUCCCUCGUCGCCAUAAUAGGCAAGGACAUAUCUCCACUGCUACGCAGCACACGUACGGUACCAACCAGAGCCAAUAUGCAUCUGUGAAUGCAAAUGAAGGCAUCAUCCUGUCCGACACUUCCAUUACUCCUACUCGUCAAGGGAGCUAUGCAGUUGCUGGGAAUGCCGAGCUCGUGUCUCGUCCAAACAUGUGCUAG